AUGGAACUGAGUUUGUGUGUUGCUACCUGCUUAACACAUUAUUGCCGCGUGUUGGCUUAUCGUGUUCCUUUUUAUUACACAGUUUUAGAUAGAUUGCUAUCGUGUAGCAGAAGUGGAUGCGCAAUUCGCUCCAUCUUGGAUUGGGAACAGAUUAUUAACAACCAUCUGGUUUGUGGCACCAGUUUGACUACAGUGCAGUUGCAACAGUUGUCAAGGUUUCUGUCAGAAUUAGCUCCCUGGUGUCAGCGAAUGGCGCAGAAAAACGUGGAAGGAUGUGUUUUCUGUCGGAGCAAUCAGGCACCGUUUGAGCAGUACGUUACACACAAGGUUAAGGACCGUUUUGGACGAGUGGCCUGCCCGAUGCUCCGGCAAUUCAUCUGUCCUAUAUGCGGCGCUACUGGGGAUACGGCGCACACUCUGCGCUACUGCCCGAAGAACAGCCAGUCGGGGAACAGACGCGACCAAGGAAAGAAAUGUCGAAAUGCUCCUGGUCCAAGCGUGCAAUUGAUCGAAGCUGGACUUCUCGAUCAUAAGCUGUUCUCUGCAAAGGAGCGAUGCAUCCUCCCCUUCUGAGUGCUGGCGGUACUCACGCCGUCGUACGUUCGAAGAUCUGCGUCCUUGUUGUUGUAUGUCAAAGAGCAUCCCACAUCACAUCAGGAUCAAUGUUUCAUAGUUUACCCAUUUGAGUUUUAUCCACCCAAAACAAACCCUUAGUGCAAUUGUUUACUACCCAGCGGUUCAUUAUGGACCCUCGAUUUACCGCAAAUUGUUCCAAUCCCAUUGAUCAGUUCGGACCGUUUUUAC